GCCCUCAUUUUUCACUUCUAUCAAGAUGAGCAAUACUUCGUUCGCCGUUUCUUCUCAGCAGGCUAACGUCCCUAACCCUUCGACCGUGCCGGCUGGUGAGCCACAACUUAACCAUGACCUUUCAUUGGAGCCAGGAGGUCUUUAUGUUGUUUUAUUCCGGAUGGCAAAGCCAGGGCAGUAUCAUUGGAGCCUGGUCGUUGCCGCGAACGAGAGAACCGGAAUGAUGUACCACAAUACCAAUCUCGGGGGCGGGCCUUUUCGCUUCGAAGCUCGUUGGCAUCCACACUUGCUCAAUUCAACACACUUUUUGACCGCAAUCAAAAUUUCGAAUCUCACUGCCUUCGAAAGAGAACUUCACUUAGCUUUUGUGGGCGUGCUCGAGCAAAUCCCUAUCCAAGGCAAAACCUGCCGAACCUGGUUGAAGGAGGCGAUUUAUGUUACUGCAGAUCAAGGUUACACCGGAUUCCAACCGGAUCGCAAUCACGUUGAGGUACUGGAGGACGAAGGGUUGUUUUUUGCUGGUCAGGCGUCUAAUGGACAACGCUCAGUUGUUACAAGCCAGGUUUUUAAUAAAUAAGUGCCAACGCCUUGGGUCCUACGGGUCUGCUUCUCGGUCGGGUUUAUUUCUAGAGCAGAAGAGAAUGAAAGGAGAUGCAAUGAUGUGGAGUAAGGGUUUCCUAGCAGUCAAGAUUUGAAAGAUUAUCAUAUGCUCA